AGAAAUCAGCAGUAAUCAGUUUCAUUUUCUGCGUUGUCCUACAGCAUGGCUACAGGACCUGGUUAUGAUGACUUCGAGAACUUCAACCUCAGUGAUCAACAAGGUCAACAGCAGGUUAACUGGACCACAGUUUCUAUUUGAAAUUUCAGGUGGGCGAUUGAAGUCAUUUUUCUGUGGGAAGGGCCUGUUUCUCUGCAUCACCAUCCUUCUGACUGCCUUCUUCAUCCUUCUGAUCACUGGAGUCAUGAAAAGCUCGAAGACAGGUGAAGCGAUGGAGGAGUUUCAGUCACAGGUCCAGAUGGAAUUAUCCCAGGCAAUGGAUAAUGUUUCCAAGAAGUCCGAACUGAAGUACCUCGAGCUGAGAAUUCAGGAGAAUAUGAAUCAGAUGAGCUCUCAAUUGCAAACCCAGAUGUCAACAGAGAUCCGCAACUUGCUCAGCCAGAUCUCCAUUAAGUUGGAAAUGUUGCCGGAGCCCGAGUGUCAUAGCGGACCGUGCCCUCGCCAUUGGAUAAACUUUAAUGGGAGCUGUUACUUUUUCUCAACCAAGCAAGCCACAUGGGAGGACAGCCGAAAGUACUGUUCCACCCGUGGGGCGAGACUUCUCAUUGUUAACGACGAAGCUGAGCAGCAUUUUGUUACUGUGGAAACUGAAUCCAGGAGAUUUUGGAUUGGCCUGACCGACCGCAACAGCAAUAAUGUGUGGCAUUGGGUAGAUGACACUCCCUACAAUUCUACCCCGACUCCUGAUGAAGGGUCUUGGCCCAAAACGUCGACUGUUUACUCUUUUCCACAGAUGCUACCCGACCUGCUGAGUUCCUCCAGCAUUUUGAGGCUUCUACAAAGAUCAUUACUGUGGUCACCUACAUUGAUGGUUUAGAUGAAGUGACCAGGUGCAUUGUCCCAUGAUUCUGGAUGCCCGGGGAGCCAAACAGCCUUGCCGAGGGCUGUGCCCACCUAUGGAAGCAAGGCUUGUGGAAUGAUGCACCCUGCUCAAAGAUGGACUACUUUAUCUGUGAGAAGUGAUCUCACCAAGGAGUAUUUAUAACAUCAUGGCAUUUCGUUUCCUCCUUUCUGUAAUGACUUUGCAAACCUUUCUACACAACUAACUGUAAUACCCUGGUUCAUAUUUUUAUUGUUAUGCUGUAUGUAUUUCAGUUUGGCAGUUCUGUGAGAGCAGCUUGUUUUCAGCUUGCUCUGUUUUCAGUUUAUGUUUGCGUUAUUGUUGAAGAGAAGAGAUGAGGAGAAAUGUGUGCCAUCCAAUUAGGAUGGUCGAAGUAAGGGAAGGUUUUUCUGGUGAGGGACACUAAGGUUGGGCUUGGGGUUUUUUCGAGAGGGGAUGAAGAGGGAAGACGCCAAAGAGAAGAGGUCGUAGAAUUCGAUCUGGAGCGGGACCAUGAUUCAACGUAGCCAGGGUGAGAUCGAUUGAGGAUUGGUGACUUGGAAAAACCGUGAGCUCCAACAUGUGCACAUCAGAUUGUUUCAUUAAAAUGGGCUCUUUUUUCUCUUCUUGCUUUGCUAACACUUUAGUCAAAUUAAGAAUCAUAAAGAUAAUCUUUUAACCAUAAGUGAUGUACUGUCUGAUAUUUUGUGGCAGUAAUUUGUAACAGGGUAGUGGAUGACACAGCAUCCACACAAAUAGGGGGUCUGGGCUGGGAGCGCACCUCAAUCUCACAAGUUUGGCGGGGCUGAAGGUUGUCUUCCCUAGACUUACACAGCCGAGGAACCAGGGUGUUUCAUUGUGGGGGCUCGUCCGGGAUCGAUUUUGUUGGAUGCUGUGUGAUUGUCCUGAGCAUUGAUCCAGUGGGUUGUGUGUUUAAGUCUGUGCUAAACUAUAACCAUAUAACAAUUACAGCACAGAAACAGGCCAUCUCGGCCCUUCUAGUCUGUGCUGAUCUCUUACCCUAUCCUAGUCCCACCGACCUGCACUCAGCCCAUAACCCUCCAUUCCUUUCCUGCCCAUAUAUCUAUCCAAUUUAACUUUAAACGACAACAUCGAACCUGCCUCAACCACUUCUGCUGGAAGCUUGUUCCACACAGCUACCACUCUCUGAGUAAAGAAGUUCCCCCUCGUAUUACCCCUAAACUUUUGCCCUUUAACUCUCAACUCAUGUCCCCCACUCUCAAUAGAAAAAGCCUAUCCACAUCAACUCUAUCUAUCCCCUUCAUAAUUUUAAAUACCUCUAUCAAGUCCCCCCUCAACCUUCUACGUACCAAAGAAUAAAGACCCAACUUGUUCAACCUUUCUCUGUAACUUAGGUGAUGAAACCCAGGUAACAUUUGUUACGAGAAUACACAUAAAAUUAAGAUGUUUGCUGGCCUGGGCUAGCAUCAGUGGCAUCAACAGUUGGUCUGCCACCUGCCCUCAGGGGAAGGAGAGAUAAGGAACAAUGGAGCAGCGUCUGGAGAUGUGUAAUGAAGGGAUGUGGGAGAGAGAGCUGUCUGGAGCGGCUCCCCCCUUUGAACCCUGAACUGUUUGAAGUGAUGGACAGGCGAUACCCCAGCAGGGGGAUAAAAAGGGACAGGUUCGCUAAGACAGACACACACGCCACCCGAGGUAACGAGACCCUGGAAGCGGUGCGCUUCUCACGAGUGGGUGAGAAGUACCAGACAACGACAAGGGUGGAAAGGUACGAUCAGCGGGAACCCGGUGUGUGUCCGCCCUUGCCUGGGUGUCGGGUUCACUGCAGAGGAUCGACCGCAUCUGGAGGAGGGGUCACAGUCGGUGACCUCAGGUGACAUCACCAAGGACCCGCCCAAAAGCUGUUUGUGAGCCAUCUCGCUGGUCUGUGAGCCAUCUUGCUGGUCUGUGAGUGAAGCCGUUCUGAAUGAUCAGUUGUUCCUAUUCUAUGUCUCUCUUCCCCCACGUUGUCCACCGCCAUGGCAACGAUUACUGCGAACUGAACUACUAACUGGACUGAACUUUGAGUCAUUUUGAAAUUGGUCAUUUACCCCUAGACAACGAUAGAGCUUGAUUGAUGCUGUUAUCUUAAUGCUGUGCCCAUGUGUGUUUAUCAUCACUGAACUGUUGCAUUUAUUAUC